UGCUUCGUUCCGUGCUGCCUCGUCUGGCUCGACCGCUCGACAUCCAUCCACCUUCCCUUCCUGCUCGCUGCCUCCCACCCAAAUCCCAAACCCUAGCUGGCGAGCAAGCUCUCCAGAUCUCUAGCUCCCGUCGCUCCACCCCGGCCACCGGCCGCCAUGCGGAUCCGCAGGUGCGCCUCCCGCCUGCUGGGCUCCGCCGCAGCCGCACCCCUCAUCAGCUGCUCUUCCGCUGAGCCGCCGCGAUUCGAGCUGCCCGCGCCUGCGCCGCCGGCCCCAGCCGACGAAUCCCGGCCCGGCUUAGUGGCGCCCGACGCCUCCUCCUCCGGGGAGCCCUGCUGCGAGCUCAGCCAGUCUCCGUGGGACCUCAUGGACCAGCUCGACCUCUCGGAUCCCCAGGUGGAGAAGCUGUUCGAGGAGACUCACUUCGUCAGUGUCACCUGGCGAUCUAGCUGGCUAUUCCUACCCAGCAUGCCUGCAUUCGGCUCUAUCAAGGAGGACCAGGAGCAGGAGGACAUGUCCGAGGGGGUUGAACUGCACAUUAUUGCUGCAAAAAAGAUGGCGAGAGAGAAGAAUGGGAGCAAGCUGAAGAAAAAUAAGGGGGUGAAACUGAAGAAAGGAGUCUGGACGUGCAGGAAGAACGACGGCAAGGGUUGGUUCUGCCGGCGGCUCACGAGAGAGCCCAAUUCCUACUGCUCGUACCACUCGGAUCAUAAGCUGAAGCUACCUGGCAGUGAGAAGCCACAUGGGAAGAGAGCCCCGGUCAACGUCGGCGAGGAGUUCUACUACUAUGCCGGGUUCGGCCCCGGCACCAAGAGGCGCCGCACGCCAAGCAGCGACAGCGUGCCCGAACCUCCACUGCUUGCUGAACCACUGAAGGAGGAGGCACCAUCUGAAAUAGAAACUUAAUUUUGAUGCAGACCAGGCACAAGCGAACAAAUCAGACCAUCAGGCGGUGCUCCCACCAUCGGCACAUGUCGCCGACGAGCCUACUCUCAACGAUGGCACUGCUAGGAUCAGCAGUGAUGGUGACGUGCCGGAACCUCCACUGCCUGCGGAACCACCGAAAGAGGAGGCACCGUCCGAAAUGCAACUUAAUUGUAGUGCAGGUCAUUCACAAGCUGAUGACUCAGAUCAUCAAGCAGCGCCAGUAUCAGUAAGUGUGGUCGACGAGCCUACGCGCAACAAUGGCACCGCUAGGAUCACGGGCUGGGAUGAAAAGAGCAGCGACGACGACACGCUUGGCUGCAAUGGCGAACAACCCCGCGACAUCACCAAGAGGAAGAGCCCGUUGAAGAAGAGGUGGAGAAAGCCUGUGAAAGCCCGGUCUCUCAAGUCACUAAUGUUGUAGUGCCUGAGUCUUUGAUCGGUGGCUUCGGAUUACCUAGUGUGGCUUCAUCGGCGGUUUUUUAUAGUUUGCUCAGCUUAGUCUGCUCCAGUUUUGGUGCUGAGUUACCGUACAAUGUACAAACUGUCUGAAUUUUUUUUGGUGUACUGUUUUAACUGUCAGCGCAGUGCUAGCUGACGUUAGAACUGCAUAAACUGGUUUCUUAGAAUGAUGUCUUAUCAUGGUGAUGGAUGAGAUGCAGCAGCCAUUGUUUUGCUGCAGUUGCGCGCCCCUAA